GGGACUUCAUACGGACCGUGAGCGGAGCGGGAUUGGGACUUCAUACGGACCGUGAGCGGAGCGGGGCCGGGGCUGCGUGCGGACCGCGAACGGAGCGGGCCCGGGGUUCGUGUGGGCGGUGGGACCGCGCCUCAGCCGGCCCUGGAGCUGCGGUGGGAAGAGCCACACCAGUGACUUUGAGAGGUUGCAGUGGCGGUGAGUGGUGUGGAUUCCUGAGGAGGAGGAGCCAUGGAAGUGGAAAGGAGCAGCAGAAGGAGCUGCUUCACUCAGACCUCCUGCCUGGGAGCAGAUUUUGGGGAGGACUCUCAGCUGGAGUACCUCAGUGCUCACGAGGAGUGUGAGGAGGACAGGAGCAACUCCAGCGAGCUUUCUGAGCAGAGAGAGGCUGCAGAGGUGAAGGCCACGCCACUCCUUGGUGACAAGGUGCCACCCCGCAUCGCAGCAGGGGCAGAAGAUUCUGGCAAGAUCCAAAGACCCCCCCACAGCGUGGCAGUGGAGCCGGACAUUCCCUCCCUGCCUCCCAGGGAAGAGGCCCAACUCUGCAAGCACGCAGAGCCCCCCUGCUGCAGCAGCUGUGAAAAACCUGCCGUGUGCACUCGUGGUGCCAGCAGCACUGCAGAGGGUGCUGAAACCCAGCCCCCAGUCGCUGAAACCCUCCCUGGUGCUGGCAGGGAAGCUGCAGGUGGAUCCUCUGGUGGCAGCCCCGGGGCUGGGAGGUCGGAGCGUGCUGGAGCCCUGAAGAGCGUUCCCGGUGUGGCUGUGGAUGCUGGCUCUGAUCCCAGAGCUGCCCUCCCAGCGAGCAGAGGCAGCAGUGCCCAGGGCUGGGUCUGCUCCAGGGCAGGGAGCACUGAGGUAACCACGAUGAGCAGAACUCAGCCCGUGGCUCAAACCUCCGUGGAUGCUGCUUCCAACACGGAGUGGUCCUUAGGAGCUCUCAGCUCACACGUGCAGCAGGAAUCCAAAGAUCAUCUGUCUGUCUGUGACUGGAUGACAGGCACCGACAGGCCAGAACAUCCCAACAAGCAAACUGGGAAUAUUUCUGCAUCCAGCUGCUGUCAGAAUGUCCUGCAGAGAGCGACUGAAGCAGAGCUGCAGCUCCUGGCCAUCCAUUACGAGAUGUGCUACCAGCACUGCUUGAAGGUGUAUGAGCUGGCUUUGGAGGAGAACACCUGUCUUGGGAGCUGUGAGAAAAAGGCUGAGUUAUAUUCAUCUCUGCUGUUGGUUUUGGAUGAACUGGACAACAAUUACAGCAAUACCAGAAGGGAAAUAAGCAUGGGCAUACCUUUAAAUGAACUCCCACCACUGUCAGUUGAGCUGAAGUUUUCCCCACUCUCUUCCUUUUACGUCCCCUCCAAGUGUUUAAGAAAGAAUCUUUACUCUGAGCAGGUACCUGAUAGAACACGUUCAGGAACCCCAUCCAGUGACUUUCUUGAUCUUUCAGGUGAAGGGAAAGCUGACUUUGAAGAACCAAAACAGCGAGAAAAGGGGAUUUCUGUCAAUAUGGACACCUCACAGACUGAUGGUGAUCAGCCAGGUGACUCUGCUUCCCCUGAGACGUGGGAAGAGCAACUUAAAGAUCAGGCUCUGGAACGUGGCUGUGUAAAAAAUGAGGAAGGAAGUGAGUAUUGGUUUGAUGCUAAGGAAGACUUGUCAGUGGCAGAUAUUUCAGUAAUGUGCAAAGAAAUGAAAAAGCAACAAGGAAAACAAGACUCGAUUGACUCAAGAGAAGUGAAGAUAGUGGGGAGUGGGAAGGAACAUUCCUCUGUUCCUGUAGGUGGCCCAAAGCCCUCAGUGCCUGAGGAUCCUGGGGAAAAUUCCCUGCAGAAAACUUCCUCUGUGAACCCAUCUGGUGUCUUUGUUUCUCCUUAUGCACUGAACUUGAGCAGCUUUACCAAGUUAAUAAAGAGACUUCAGGAAAAGCAUCCAGGGUUUAGCAGAAAUGAAAUCGUGGGGGCUGUGCAGGAGGUGAGGAAAAUGAACAAAGGUGUCCUGAGUGGCUUGGCCAUCAGCUCCAUCGAGGAGAGGGCCUCUGACAUUCUGAGGAAGUGUUUUCAGCAGGAGAAGCACGAGCUCGGGAGCGAUGUUACACUCCAACAAAAAGCGGAAUCCACAAAACAUUUCUCCUCAAAAUCGCGUUCCAUGUGUGCGUUCAGCCCUGGAGAGGGGGAAGGCAGGGAUUUUAGCUCGGGAGAAACCCCCUCGGUGGAGGAAGCCGGACUGCUCCCUGCAUUCCCUCGGAACUGUGGGCUCCCUUCGCCGCGCCUUUGGGCUGCGAGGGGGCGAUACGGAGAGCCCGGCCCCCAUCCCGCCGCCCCCACGGGCCGCUUCCCGCUGCUCCAGCGCCGGGAGAGCGGGGCCGGAUCCGGGCGGGGCCGGGCCCGCCCCUCCGGCAGCGCCGCGGGCGCGGAGCCCGCCCGGCCCCGGGAGCGGAGCCGCUCCUGCCGCGGGGCCAUGGCCCUGCUCCCGCGGCGCUUCCUCUGCUUCGUGCUGGCCCAGCACUUCAUCGCGGCCACGGCGUGCCAGGAGGCCGACUACGGCUGGAUGAUCCGGCACUACUGCCUCAAGGACUUCCAGGACAGCAUGGAGGGCAUCGGCCAGCGCCUCUGGUGUGACUGGGACGAGACCGUGGGCACCUACGGGGAGCUCACCAACUGCACGGCGCUGAUCGCCGAGAGGCUCGACUGCUACUGGCCCAACCGGCUGGUGGACGAGUUCUUCGUGGCCGUGCACAAGCAAUACUUCAGGAACUGCUCCCCGUCGGGCCGGGCGCUGCACGACCCCCCGAACGGCGUGCUGUGUCCCUUCAUCGUGCUGCCCGUCCUUGUCACCCUGCUGAUGACGGCGCUCGUGGUGUGGAGGAGCAAACGCAGCGAGGGCAUCGUGUAGGGGCGGCGCAGGGCAGCGCAGGGGGGGCACGGGCGGGACUCCCCUGCGGCGAGCCCGGAGCUCGGGAAGAGCCUGCCGGAGGAGCGGCACGGAGGGUACCGAGCCCCGGAGGCUGGGACAGCAUCGCCAGCGCCGCUCCUCCGCUGCUUCCCGAGUAAAUGUCAUUUAGCGAUGGGUGUUGGGCGGAGCGGGCAGCGGGGACUCCGCAGGGCUCAGCCCGCACCGGCCGCUUCCCCGGCAUCGUGUGCCGAGCGGGAGAACUGUAAAGGGAAAACCCAGGGGGUGUGGGGUAAAGGGAAACAAACCCCAGGGGGUGUGGGGUAAAGGGAAACAAACCCCAGGGGGUGGGGAGCUGAAAUCCUGCCAGCCCCGCGGUGCCGGCGCGGCAGCAACGCGCGGGUCUGGGUGCGCCCGGACAUCCCCGGCUCCCGCUCUCUGUCCUCUUCUGGGUUCCCCCCGCGCGUGGAAAGGCAUCUUCUCCCCCAGCCCAAGCACUGGGUUUGGCCUGGGAGGGGGGGGACAACGCGGGGAAGUUGGCAGUGGGAUCGGGUGGCACCGCUGGUGCCCUGGGGCUACUGACAGGGAACGGGAAUAAGGUGCUUUACCCACCUAAAUAAAGAAAUAAAUACAUGGAUAAA